UUUUUAAGUUAAAGGUGGUGAAAGUGUUUCCCUUCACUACUUUCUACUAUCUCCAUGCCCGUGUUCUUGAUAACAGCGCCCCCUUGUGUUUGCAGGGGGAGUAGAACCUGACAGCACUGUACCACAGCAGUUUGAAGAUGGCGGAGGGUGAACUGAACGUGGACAGCCUCAUCUCACGGCUUCUAGAAGUGCGGGGAUGUCGCCCGGGGAAGAUUGUCCAGAUGACAGAGGCCGAGGUUCGAGGCCUCUGCAUCAAAUCCAGGGAGAUCUUCCUCAGUCAGCCCAUCCUGCUGGAGCUCGAGGCGCCCCUGAAGAUCUGUGGUGAUAUCCAUGGGCAGUACACAGAUCUGCUGAGGCUGUUUGAGUACGGUGGCUUCCCUCCAGAGGCAAACUACCUUUUCCUGGGCGACUACGUGGACAGGGGGAAACAGUCGCUGGAAACCAUCUGCCUCCUGUUGGCCUACAAGAUCAAAUACCCAGAGAACUUCUUUCUGCUCAGGGGAAACCACGAGUGUGCUUCCAUUAACCGCAUCUACGGCUUCUACGAUGAGUGCAAGCGCAGGUUCAACAUAAAGUUGUGGAAGACCUUCACUGACUGCUUUAACUGCCUCCCCAUCGCUGCUAUCAUUGAUGAGAAGAUAUUUUGCUGCCAUGGAGGGCUAUCGCCUGAUUUGCAGUCAAUGGAGCAAAUUCGCAGGAUCAUGAGGCCAACAGACGUGCCUGAUACAGGCUUGCUGUGUGACCUCUUGUGGUCAGACCCAGAUAAGGAUGUACAGGGCUGGGGUGAGAACGACCGUGGGGUCUCCUUCACCUUUGGGGCAGAUGUGGUCAGCAAGUUUCUAAACCGCCACGACCUGGACCUCAUCUGCAGAGCCCAUCAGGUUGUGGAGGAUGGAUAUGAGUUCUUUGCCAAACGCCAACUGGUCACACUUUUCUCUGCUCCAAACUACUGCGGGGAGUUCGACAAUGCAGGCGGCAUGAUGAGUGUGGAUGAAUCCCUUAUGUGUUCCUUCCAGAUCCUAAAGCCCUCAGAGAAGAAGGCGAAGUACCAGUACGGUGGUGUGAAUUCUGGUCGGCCUGUCACCCCACCCCGCACCACCCAAGCCCCAAAGAAGAGGUGAACAUACAGCCUUCCCUCUCCCCCUCCCCUCCCCACCUUGUCCACCCCUGGUCUGCCAUCCUGGCAACCCCUGUAACUCCCCUGUAAGGUGAAGAUACAGGGCUUAUCUAAAUGCCUGAAUCUUUCUCCCCCUGUCACCCAAUCCUUCCCCGACUCCACUGACAGCUCUUUUCUUAAUGUGUAUGUGUACAUAAAUUUGCUGUGACCAAUCUGUUUAAUUUUAUUUUUUGCCUGUUUGUUGGUAUUUUUGAUAUUAUUAACAGAUGAUUUGUGGUUUUACUUCCAAACGCUGUUUGAGGUUUUCUGAGUUUCUGUGUCGUGUAAGAAGAGGCCUUCUCUGUGUAGAGGGGCACGGUGACUGAGUUAGAAGAAUUAUUUUCCAGUUGAAUAAAAACACCGAAGAGAAUGAACUUUUUUUUUUUUGCCUUGGCCUCUCAAAAAGAAGAGAGAAAUCUUCCAAUGUAUUCCAAUGAGACUGAGGUUUCCGUGCAGUGCUAAAUCUGGAGACACAAAAAACUGUCCAUGUACUCUGGUUUAACAUUUGAAAGGUAAUGCAGCAUGUGUGGUGAACUUUCUGUUGUGGUGCAUUUUUGGUAUAUCCAACCAUUUGGAAAAGUGCACCUCCCCAUGAGUAGCAAUGAAUGUGAAGAGACCGGCGUGAAUGAAGUAUAGAAGCUAAAUCUGAUGCUGCUUGCAGUGGACAUGAUCUACCCGAACACAACGCCCUCUGGGCAUCGAUUCCCCUUUUAUGCCUCCCUGUGCCUCAACUCCACACCCACACAAACACAUGCCGCUUCUAACAGGGCUGGUAGUGAGACUUUUCCUGGGUCUGUUUAUUAUCUCUUCUCAUCAAGAGACAUCUAACCAGUGAUCUUGAUUUAUGGUGAAAGUUGCAGAGUUUUUUUUGCCAAUGGAAGUGAAAACCAUGCACCUUGAACUAAUACAUAUGGUCAGUAAUUAACCUGCACACAUACUGAUUCAUGGUGUACUAAAAGUGCUAAUAGAGUAAUUUACUAAUCUGUGAAUGAACAGCAAAACAGGGAAGAAACUAUCAUAUAUCACUGGUUUCAAUUUUACAAAUGUGUAACUUAUCUGAAUCUAUAGUGUUAAAAGACCAAAUAAUCCAAAUAUACAAAAUGCAAGCUUCAAAAUACUCCACAGUAUUUGAAUACUCUAGUGCUGUGUUUAUAGAGUGCACAACAAACUAAAACAAUGAAGACGUGCUCUUGUUGUAAGUGUUUUUAGUAAAAUGCCAGCUCUCCUUUUACAUCCCCAAGUCUGUUCACAGAGAGAAGGCUGGUGAAGUCAGGAGAAGGUGGCAGGACCAGGUCCUUUUGCUAUGUGAUAGUGGUGCCACCUGGUGCAUAAACACAGUAGUGCAGAAUUCAAACCAGAGAGCUCAAAAUGGGCUCUUCACAACAUUGACAGGACAAAAUGUUCUGUCAUUUACCACAAGGAGGAACUUCAGUUUGACUGUGUGACUAACCAGCAAUUAGCCUGGUUGACAGCUUAAAUAAGAUGCAGUUGACCCUUUGUGGAAAACAGUUGCCUCUUUCUUUUUCUGAUUUUUGUGGUAUUAUUUUUCUGUUGUAUUUCUCUGUUCUCGAUUCACAUUGUUUACUUUUUAUUCACUUAAUUUAUUUCCUAUUAAUAAUAAUAAGAAGAAAACAAUGAGGUGUUACCAAAAGCUGUUUUGCAAUUUGUACAAGUUUGUUGGAAAGUCUAUAAAUUCAAUAAAAUGGAUGGAAACCAAA